GCCCGCGCAACGCCGUGGUGCGGAGCGUAACGAGUUACCGAGACGAUCCCGAUCGCAGCCAGGAACGCCGUCGCUCGCGCCGAUCGCCGAGGAUGCGCCGCGCCGCCGGCCUCUCCUAACGCUCGACGUCGCCGAGGGAAAGGGACAGAAGGAGCGGCGCGAGCGCGAAGAUGUGAUCGCCCCGCCGUCGGCCGCCUCUCCGCCUCGUCGACGUGACACGACCGUCAACGAGACCCGCGGCAGGAGUCGCCCGCGUGUAGCGCGUCCCGGCACGUUGCACCCCGUUCGCGGCGUCGCGCACGCGGCAGCGAGCCCGAGGGACAUGAACGGCCAGGUGCAGUCGUCGCGGGAGAGGUUAGGAACCGCCGACGUCUUCCCGGGUGAAUCGGAAGCAUGGGUGGAGCACGGGUGCAUUUUCCACGUGUACGCAGGGUGCGCAAGUGCAUUGGCAUGUGCGCAAAUUCAUGCGGGAAGGCGCCGGUGAUAUCCCCCAGUGUGGUUUCGGUCCCGUGAAUCUUGGACUGUUUUCCGGGAUGAUCGCCACGGAUCGUGUUCCUACCAUUCAGUCAUUCAACUCGGAGGCCGAGUUAGACGACACUAUAGCCGCGACGGAGGUCGACAGCAAGGUUAAGACGAAAUUGCUCUCUAUGUGGAACAACGUUAAGUAUGGCUGGACUGUGAAAAUGAAGACGAACUUCUCGAAGGAAUCUCCCGUCUGGUUAUUGGGUCAGUGUUAUCUGAAGAAAUCGGAGUAUCCCCUGGAGAGAGCAUCGGAGGCAUUGGAGCCGGUUGGAACGGGGAGUCAGGUCUCCUUGGCGAUGGAUGCCACGAAUUUCGAGAAUACCAUAGAGGAAUUCAAGAGGGAUUUCGUGUCGCGCCUUUGGCUGACGUAUAGACGGGAAUUCCCGAUCCUGAACGGCUCCACCUUUACCACGGAUUGCGGUUGGGGUUGCAUGCUGCGCAGCGGGCAAAUGAUGCUGGCGCAAGCACUAGUCUGCCAUUUCCUCGGACGGGAGUGGAGAUGGCGGCCAGAACAAUCGGCUGACGAGAGCAGUCAUCGGAUGAUUAUCAAAUGGUUUGGCGAUCAGCCGACACCGGAAUCCCCAUUCUCCAUACACAGGCUCGUGUCGCUCGGCGCCAUGACGGGGAAGCGCGCGGGCGACUGGUACGGUCCAUCCUCGGUUGCGCAUCUCUUGUGUCAGGCCAUGGAACGCGCCAGCGAGGAUCCCAACAGUAAGCUCAAUCAAUUGGCGGUAUACGUCGCCCAAGAUUGCGCAGUGUACAUGCAAGAUGUCGAAAAUGCCUGCUGCACUCCCGAUGGGAGAUGGAAGGCGCUGAUACUCUUAGUGCCCUUGAGGCUCGGCGCCGACAAGCUAAAUCCGAUUUACGCGCCCUGUUUGACGUCGCUGUUGACACUGGACACAUGCAUCGGCGUGAUCGGUGGCCGGCCGCGACACUCGCUCUACUUUAUCGGCUAUCAGGACGACAAACUGAUCCACUUGGAUCCGCAUUACUGUCAGGAGACCGUUGACGUUGAGGGAAAUGAAAAAUUCCCGUUAACAAGCUUCCACUGCACGUCACCGAGAAAGAUGUUGCUCUCGAAGAUGGACCCUAGCUGUUGUGUGGGCUUCUACUUUCCCGACAAGGAGUCGCUCACCGACUUUAUGGAAACAAUUCAACGGUUCGUGAUACCGAACCAGAAGAUAGAAUACCCGAUGUUCCUGUUCUGCGAGGGAAGCGGCAAGGAUCUGCAGCAGGGAAUCGAGGUCGUCGAGGAUAUUCUGCCGGCGGCAAGUCAGUUCGCCGGUCACGAGAGCAUGGUGGACGAUCUGUACGAGUGCGAGGAGUUCGAGUUGCUGCAGUAAGAUAGAAAAGGAAAGAGGAGGACGCGAGGGUAUGACGCGCGCGAUUCCCUGCUCGUCCGGAAUUACUCUCGCGAGAAACGUCUCUGCUCGCCCGAAAUCACGAGGCAGUGCUUCUUUUCGUAUAUCCGCAUCUCCAGAGCGCAUAUGGAGAAAAUGUAACAAGCGCGGGUCGGAUAUAUUGUCCUGGAAGAGAUGCUCAGCGACGGUGAGCAACGCAUUCCCAUUGUGUAUGAAAGUGGGAUUCGAGUUAACUCGAUGACCAGUUAUUGUUACUUAUGAGAUAGGAGAAUACGAAAGCAAGAUUAUUCUCGACGUUAGUACAAGGUAUUCGACUAAAAUCGAUUCAUUCGUUUUUUUCCGAUCAUUCAAUAGGAAUAUAUGUAUAUGUAUGCGAUUAUUAUGAGAAUGCACAAGUUUUUUUUAUUUGAUUACAUAUGAUCUCUAAAUUCGUUGUUAACUUUGUAUAUUGAUAACCAAUGGUGAAACUUAAUAUACAAUUUAAUAUGACUUAAUAUUGCAACGAUUCGUUAUCGGCGAAUAUUUGUUUCGCGUAUUACAAUGAGACUUUCGUUAUUUUUUGAAAUGAUUUUGCGACGCGCGUUAAAUUGUUGAAUUGUUGAAUUGUCUUGUUGAAAUUGUGCUUUGCAAAAUUUUCUUUCUAUGCAAGCAGCAAAAUUCCGCGCGAAUAAAAGCGCGGCGAUUCUCAAGUCUGAUUUAUUUAAAAGUAACUAUAAUAAGGCAUUAAUUUAUUUAUUUAUUUAUAAUCGUUGUGUUAUUCCUGAGUAACUCUUCUGCCCUGAAAAAGGAAUCAAGAGGAAUUUGAGGAACGUGAACAUGGUAUAUAUACAGAAUAAAGCAUCUAAUAGUGUACAUCUAAGUAUUUAUUAGAACAGAUUUGAUAUCUGUACCUGUAUUUAUAGUUGUAUAAAUAAAUAAAAAAACUAUAUAGGAACAUCUAUAUAAAAGAAAAAAGUUGUGACGAAAUUCUCGAAAUUUUAAAAACUUACAACCUUAAACGAAUCAUUCCCCGUUAUCUUCCUACGAGCUAUAUUAAGCCCCGUCUUUAACGAUAUUUUCAAGAGCAGCAGAGCACACUUGCAGUAAAGAUAGGAUAGAAUAGAGAAUAGAUUAGAGCGAACAUCUGUUUAUUUCGCGCUUGAGACUUAUUCGCUCCAAGAAGCAAGGAUGUAACGUGGAUACGUACGAAUUGCUUGAUCGACGACAAAUAAACCUAGAGUAUUCUCUAAAGCAUAAUGUAGAUUUAAAAAUAGAGAAAGAGAGGUUCGCUGAAGAAUCAUUUAGAUGUACACUUUUUUUAGAUGCCUCGGACUGUAUAUGUAUGCGUGCGUAUAUAUAUGCAUAUUUAUAUGCGUAUAUUGUACUUAUACUGUUGAAUAUGUACACAAUAUUGAACGUUGUUAUAUAUCUCUCUUACAGCUGUAACGCUAUACGCUCGAAAUAAAUUGAGAAAUAUGUGACAA